AGUAUCAAAACGUGUCGUGUUCGAAUAUCAAAGGCGGAUUCGUUCGUAUUUUCUAUCGAAUCUUUGGUUUUUUUUUUUCAAUGAAACAAUGAAAUUUGACUAUAGAAUAUUAUUAUUUAUUGUAAUCGUAAACGUGUCGAAUUCAAAAUGUCAGAAAAAUCAAGUGACGAUUGGAGCCGUUUUUGAGGACAAUGGAUUUUUUGAUAAAAACAUUCAAAUGCUCAAAUAUGCUGUCAAUGAAGCGAAUGAAAAAAUUCUCCAAGACAGUGGCAUGGAGCUGAUCGUAAAAUAUAAAAAAAUUGCACCCGGUCGUGAGUGGCAUGUUUCGAAACGUGUUUGUGAUUUGCUUGAACGGGGUGUUGGUGUUAUAUUUGGACCACAAUCAGUAUCGUCUGCUUAUCAUGCAAUGAAUAUCUGCGAUUCGAAGGAAAUACCAUACGUGAACACAUAUAUGGACGAAGAUGCAGCCGCUAAAUCAGCUGCGCUCAAUAUUCAUCCGAAUUUGGAAAGUUUAACACAAUUGCUAUUGGACUUUGUUAUUGCUUCCGAAUGGAAGAACGUAACGAUCUUGUAUGAAUCUCCGCUGUGGCUGAAACGAGUCGCAAAAGUGUUAGAAACCAACAAAGACCUUAAAAAUCGAAUAAAUGUACGAAAUCUAGACUAUACCACCAACAAUGAAUUUCGACCCGUUCUACAGAAAGCUCGUGAAUUGGAGUCCACAAAUAUUAUUUUAGAGUGUUCUUCGGAGUCGUUGCCCAUUAUUUUACGACAAUCGAUGCAGGUCGGACUAAUUACAAAGCAAUACAAUUGGAUUAUUACAAACUUAGAUACACAUUCAAUCAAUUUGGAACCGUAUCAAUAUAGCGAUGCAAAAAUUACAACAUUUCGCAUUUUAAACAAAAAACAUCCGAUUUUCGACACACCAAAAGAUGAUGAUGAUAGCAAUCAAGACCUUUUCAAUGUUGAUCCUGAAAGCAAAUUUGAUGUAGAAACUAGUUCAACUAACAACAAUUGUAAAUCGAAUUUCGAUUCGACCAAUGUUGUCAUUCCAAAUUAUCCGGAUAAGUUAAACGGCCUUGUCAGCCUUCAAACUUCGCUUAUCUAUGAUGCUGUGAUGGUAUUUUCAAUUGCCAUUGAAAAACUUGGCGCCGAUCAAGUGGCACCGGUACCAAUUGCAUGUUUUAACCGUACCUCCAUGUGGAAUAAAGGUUACACGAUAUUGAAUUAUAUGAAAAAUGUUAAUUAUGAUGGUGUAUCUGGUAGAAUUGAAUUUGACAACAGUGGUGUACGUUCCAAUAUCACAAUCGACUUGCUCGACGUCAGAUCAGAAACCAUUGGACAGUGGACAUAUGGGGUGGAAAAUCGUUUAAAAAUCGGUGGCCAAAAUGCGCCAUUAAAAAAAGAUGACAUUUAUGGUUCUUUGAAAAAUGUAACUUUAAGAGUUAUUACCGCCUUGACUGAACCUUAUACUAUGUAUAAAAAUGGCACAGAUUUGUUGAUAGGAGAUGAUCAAUUCGAAGGUUAUGCAAUUGACUUGAUUUUUGAGCUCUCAUUAAUUUUGGGAUUUAAUUAUACAUUUAUUGUUGAAUUUGAUAAUAAUUAUGGAACGAGAGACGAAGCAACAGGGGAUUGGAAUGGCAUGAUUGGAAAACUUAUAUCAGGUGAUGCGGACCUCGCCAUCACCGAUUUAACGGUUACAGCAGCUAGAGUACAUGCAAUUGAUUUUUCACCAAGUAUUAUGAAUUUAGGCAUUGCUAUUCUGUAUCAAAUACCAAAAAAGGCACCUCCAGAUGUGUUCAGUUUCAUGAAGCCGCUUGGAGGUGACGUUUGGAUUCUGUUGGGUACAACUUAUCUCUUUGUUUCGAUUUGUUUCUUUUGUGUGGGUCGAAUCUCACCCGCCCAAUGGGAAUGUCCAUAUCCAUGUAUCGAGGAGCCAAAAUUUUUGGAAAAUCAACUUAGUUUUCAAAAUUCACUAUGGUUCGCUGCAGGAGCAAUACUACAACAAGGAUCGGAAAUUGAAAUAAAAGCCGUAUCAGUUCGUUUGCUAUCAGCAGCUUGGUGGUUUUUUACGUUGGUCAUCGUCGCAUCUUAUACAGCAAAUCUUGCGGCUUUCUUGGUGCUUGAAAAUCCAAUUGAAAAAAUUAAAAGUGUGGAAGAUUUUGCAAACUGUGGCCUUGAAAACGAAAAGGAGUGUCCUGCCGCUACAUUUGGCGUUAAAGAAGAGGGAGCCACAAAACAGUAUUUUGAACAUUCGGAGCAUGAGCCGUUCAAACAUAUGUAUCGAUGGAUGGAGAAAAAUCGAGAUGUAGCUUUUGUAAAAAACAAUCAAGCAGGAUUAGAAAAGGUACAAAAUUCGGAUUAUGCAUUUUUAAUGGAAUCAACCUCUCUGCUGUACUUCACUGAACGAAACUGCGAUGUGACAAUGGCUGGAGAUUUAAUCGAUGAUCGAAAUUAUGCGAUUGGAAUGCCUAAGAAUUACAAGUACUACCAUGAGUUGUGUGAGGGCGUUUUACGCUUGCAAGAGCUCGAUGUUUUGGAGAAAUUACAUAGGAAAUGGUGGAAAUCUAAACGCGGUGGUGGUGCAUGUCAGAAAAAAUCGUCAACGGAAGCAGAACCCUUGGAAUUGAAUCAUGUGGUGGGAGUUUUCGUUGUGGUGGCUGGUGGCGUCGCCUUUGCUCUUCUAUGUGGCAUUGUUGGUAUGAGUUAUGGUAUUCGAAAAAGAGCGAAAAAGGCCAAUAUUGAAUUCAAGGAACAAAUGAAAAUCGAACUAAGAUUCUUGAUGAAAUCAUUGGCCAAUCCUGAUAAACCGAAACCAACUCGAUUGAUGAAAAAGGGACAACUAUCAUCAUCUCGGUCAGACACUACAAGUCGAUCAAAUCAUACCAUAUCACCGUGAUUUGUUUGUUUGCGUUUAAACGUUUACAAGAAACUAUGCCAAAAAAACGAAUUCUGAAAAAUGCAACGUACAUUACGCGCUAUUGUUAUAUCUCUAAUUUAGUUCAAUAAACGAUUUUUUUGAAAUUUGACAA